UAAGUUGCGCGAAAGCCCUCUUUGAAUGAGGAGCACCGCGAGAACGCCUGUCAUUUAAACCAAGUAAACUCGACUUUUUCCGCAUUUUAGGUUAUUUAGACUUUAUCCGGUUAUUUUAUAAUAAACGGAGAUGAUAAUUUUUGCUCCUAAAGUGAGCUGUUUUCUUAUUUUACGUCGAUAAUCCCUGGUAAAUGUAAAAUACUCUACAUCGCUAUAUUUGGUCAACAGCACAGACUUCAGAGGCUGAAACAACAAAAUAAAAACAAAAACGUGUUUUAGCUAGUUUAAUUUAUUACAAGAUAAAAUCCACAACACUGAAGGCAUGAGUAAGCGAGAAGGUGAAGGAAGUUCCCGGAAAAACACCGAUGCAGCACAGGACCGUGAUGUGAGCGCCAACCCGUCCUCGCCCAUCUUCGCUGCUUUCAAAAUUUUCCAGCAGGAGUUGGACACCAGACACGACAAAUAUGAGCGCCUUGUUAAGAUCAGCCGAGACGUCACCAUCGAGAGCAAGAGGACCAUUUUUCUUCUACACAGAGUGACAAGUGUCCCAGAUGUAGAGGAGAUUCUGAACGAGGCGGACGUAAAACUGGACGGAGUUCGGCAGAAGAUCGGUCUGAUUGCUGAAGAGCUGAGAGGAGAGGACAUCCAUCAGUUCCACAGAGCUUUUACACCAGGGAUCCAGGAGUACGUGGAGGCCGUCUCUUUCCUUCACUACAUCCGUCACCGCAGCCUCAUCAGCCUGGAGGAGAUCAACGCCAGACUGGUGUUCAUGAGAGCAGAGAAGGGUUCAUCUGAAGUCCUUCCAGCGGGCGCCCAGGUGCUGACCUUCCACGUGACGCCUUCAGACUACCUGCUGGGCGUGGCCGACCUGACCGGGGAGCUGAUGCGGAUGUGCAUCAGCAGCGUAGGAAACGGCGACAUCGACACCCCCUUCCAGCUGAGCCAGUUCCUGCGUCAGAUCCACGACGGCUUCUCCUACAUCGGGAACACGGGGCCCUACGAGGUCUCCAAGAAGCUCCACACGCUGCGGCAGAGCCUGGGGAAGGUGGAGGACGCCUGCUACACACUGAAGGUCCGCGGCUCUGAGAUCCCCAAACACAUGCUGGCUGACGUGUUCACCAGCCGGAGCACGCUCAUCGACCCCGAGGAGGGCGUGGUCUGAUCCCUGCAGCUCGUCUCUGUUCUCUCUGUGUUUUAAUGUUGGAUUUGUUCCUCACAUGUUGGCUAAUUUUUCUCUUUAUUACAAUCAGAGCUCUGUUACCGUACCUUUGAUAAAGAUCUGAUGACUUCAGCUGUUCUGCAUAAAUAAAGCUUCAGUGCCAAA